GGGCGGACGUGGCGGCGGUGAGGGCGAUGCGGGCGGUGCCGCCGGAGCCGGGGCUGUGGGUGCUGCUGGCGGCGGCGCUGGCGGCGGGUCGCUGCUCGGAGCUCCCCCAGCUCCGCGGGGCCACGCUGCGGGACCUGGCCCGGGGCAAGGUGGAGACCUGCGGCGGGUGACGGCUAAACCGCCUCAGGGAGGUGAAGGCGUUCGUCACCCAGGACAUCCCGCUCUACCAUAACCUGGAGAUGAAACACCUGCCCGGUGCUGACCCCGAGCUCGUGCUCCUCAGCCACCGGUAUGAGGAGCUGGAGAGAAUCCCCCUGAGUGACAUGACCCGGGAGGAGAUCAACCGGCUGGUGCAGGAGCUGGGCUUCUACCGCAAGGAGACGCCUGAUGCCCCCGUGCCUGAGGAGUUCCAGUUUGCCCCUGCCAAGCCACUGCCCACACUGCCACCCCCCCAAGCAUCCACCACUGGCAUCAAGACCCCACUCAAACGUGACAAGGGAGAACACCCAGACCUCUAGUGAGGAGUGCUGCACUUGGGACAGGGUCCUGCAGCCAGUCCACAGCACAGGGAACGAGGGUGUUACAGCAGCUGGGGAUAGUGCUGUGGAGUGGCAGAGCUGCCCCCCCCCCCGCUCUUGCUUGGUGCUGUGUAGCCUCUGCCCCAAGGAUGCCCUGGGUAGCUCAAACUUUGAGCAGGGGCUUCCUGGGCACUGUGGGCAUCCCAAGGUUCCCAUGUGGUGGUCGUUGCCUUCCCAUGCCUGCCUGCAGCCUGUUAUCCCUGGCCAGUUAGGAGGAGCAGCAUUCCUUGCACUCCCUUGCUGUGCCCGGAGGUUUAGCUGCUCCCGGCAACUGGGCAGCUGCAUCCUACCUGCAUGGGACAGGAUGAAACCCUCAGCAGAAAGCGACAGGUGCUAAGGGUAGAUGUGCUGAGUCCCAAAGGUGGGAGAGCUGCCCCAGGGAGAGGGCUUUACCCCCCAGUAGGCUUAUCUUGUAUCCAGCACCCAGUAAAGCCUUUAUAUACA